GUAAUCAAGAGCAGGUGUCUGAGAGGAACUCAGGUGAGUUGAAGAUUCUGCUGCCUCUGUACCCCUGCAGUGAUGAAAGGGUGCAGGAAUUCUGAAAACAAAAUGGCUGCUGAACACUACAAAAAUGGAGAGACCUGUGAAAUGUAGAAGACACACCACACACUGUAUUUUGUGCUGUCGUAAAGCCCACGUGUCCAGCGCAGAGUCUGCCAGAGAGGAGCCCGGACGCGCCUGAAAUACUCAGCCACAGCAGAGGGAGCCCGGCUGCUCGGCUCUCACCAGGUUUAUCCCUUCCAGCCGCUACCUGGAAGCUCGUGUUGUCGAGGGAUAACAAAAAAGUCCCCUUCUUAAACCUCGUACGACUUGUGAUCUCCCAGGGCUGUACAAACAGCACAGACACACACGUAAAGCCAAUAGAAAGACUCAGGCUGCAGAGAUGUUGAAGCCCGGCGACCCAGGCGGAUCUGCUUUCCUGAAGGUGGAUCCAGCUUAUCUGCAGCACUGGCAGCAGCUGUUCCCGCAGAGCAGCCAGCUCAAGAGCAGCGGGGCCCUCACCCAGCUCCCGCCGCCCGAGAGAGCGGAUCCCUCGGCUGACAGCCUCCGCCAGCGCCCAGCCUCUCUCUCCUCCGCUUCCUCUUCCUCCUCUUCGUCCACCCCAUCUUCUUCCACCUCCUCUUGCGCCGCCGCCGCCGCCGGUUCCCUGGCCGGGCUGACCUCCAUCGCUGUGGCCCAGAUUCCCGUCUUUGGGCCGCUACCGAGCUCCGAGUCCCCCUCCGGAGCGCCGGCCUCCCUGCAGAGCAAAGACUUGUGCGGCGGGGGCGCCAAGUGCAGCGAGCGGGCUGCGCCCAGGUUUCGAUGUACAGCAGAGGAGCUGGACUAUUACCUGUAUGGACAGCAGCGCAUGGAGAUCAUCCCCCUGAACCAGCACACCAGUGACCCCAACAACCGAUGUGACAUGUGUGCUGAUAAUCGCAAUGGUGAGUGCCCCAUGCAUGGGCCACUUCACUCUCUGCGCCGCCUAGUGGGCACUAGUAGUGCUGCAGCCGCAGCACCUCCACCUGAGAUCCCUGAAUGGCUCAGGGAUCUCCCCCGGGAAGUGUGUCUGUGUACCAGCACUGUGCCUGGUCUGGCCUAUGGCAUCUGCGCUGCUCAGAGGAUCCAGCAGGGCACCUGGAUUGGGCCUUUCCAGGGAGUUGUCCUUCUGCCAGAGAAGGUUCAAACGGGCGCCAUCAGGAACACUCAGCACCUCUGGGAAAUAUAUGACCAAGAUGGGACACUACAGCACUUUAUUGAUGGCGGGGAACCCAGUAAGUCAAGUUGGAUGAGGUAUAUCCGAUGUGCAAGGCACUGUGGGGAGCAGAACCUAACAGUAGUUCAGUACAGGUCAAAUAUAUUCUACAGGGCCUGUAUAGAUAUCCCCAGAGGCACCGAACUGCUGGUGUGGUACAAUGACAGCUACACAUCUUUCUUUGGAAUCCCUUUACAGUGUAUUGCACAGGAUGAAAACUUGAAUGUCCCUUCAACUGUAAUGGAGGCCAUGUCCAGACCAGACACCCUACAGCCAUUUAACAAAAGUAGCAAACUACCCCCUGCCACACCACAGCGAUCCAUAGUAUUUCCACAGACUCCGUGUAGCAGAAAUUUUUCUCUUCUGGAUAAGUCUGGGCCUAUCGAGUCAGGAUUUAACCAGAUCAGUGUCAAAAACCAACGAGUUCUUGCAAGCCCAACGUCAACGAGCCAACUAAAUUCUGAGUUCAGUGACUGGCACCUUUGGAAAUGUGGGCAAUGCUUUAAGACUUUCACCCAGCGGAUCCUCUUACAGAUGCACGUGUGUACGCAGAACCCUGACAGACCCUAUCAGUGUGGCCACUGCUCCCAAUCCUUCUCCCAACCUUCAGAACUAAGGAACCACGUAGUCACCCAUUCCAGUGACAGACCUUUCAAGUGCGGCUAUUGUGGUCGUGCCUUUGCUGGUGCUACAACACUCAACAAUCAUAUCCGGACGCAUACAGGGGAAAAACCCUUUAAGUGCGAGAGGUGUGAGAGGAGCUUCACACAAGCCACCCAGCUGAGUCGACACCAGAGGAUGCCCAAUGAGUGCAAGCCAAUAACAGAGAGCACAGAAUCAAUUGAAGUGGAUUAA